GAUUAUCUCAAGAGUGUGUCUCGCAAUUUUAUUUCAGAAAAAUAAACGGCUGCAUCCCAGCAAUCAGGAACAAGGUGCCUCCAUGUCUUCCAACUGCAAGUUCUCCCUGCAGCAGUUGGCCGAAUACUACAGGAGCCCAGGGAUGAGGAUCAUUCUUCUCUUCACUCCGCUCAUCUGUGACAAUCCAUUUAUGUACGUGGGCCUGACGGGGCUGAUGGACGGUUGUUCCAUUCUGAUGUCCACGCCCGCCACUCCCUUCCUGGGCCGUCGCGUCAUGAUCGGGGUGGAGUUCCUCGCUGGGGGAAUCUUAAUUCUGCUGGAGCUAAUAAUUCCUGACGACUACCCAUGGGUCAAGUGGGUGCUGGUGAUGGUCGGAUUCCUCCUGGUAGCCGGCGCCUUCCAAGUGAACUUUAUCUACGCUCCUGAGCUCUUCCCGACGCAGGCCCGUGCGAGGGGCUUUGCUCUUGUCAACACUGUGGGAUCAAUCGGCUUCAUGUUCUCGCCGCUCAUCACAACCAUUUUCGCAAGCUUCAGCCCGUGGGCCCCCGGGUUGGUGUUCGGGUGCUCGGGUAUCCUGGCGAGCAUGCUGGUGCUGCCGCUGCCGGAGACGAACAAGAAGCCGCUACCUGAGACACUUCAGGACGUGGACGAACGUUACUGGGAGGACAGAAUCAAGUCUAAGAAGUCUAAGGCAGGCGGCAUUGAUAAUCUCAGUUACAAGCAUGAUGUGAAAAGCAGGGACAAGAUCGACACUGAAGGCUAGCAAGACUUAAAAGAGUGGGGAACAAAAGUGAGGUUUAUUCCUAUCAACUUUUUCGGCUGUCAUAGAGAAUCGGUUUUCAUGCCUUGUAUUGCACAACUAAUGAGUCGUUACAUCUCUGGUGCCCUUCUCAUCUUGCUGUGUGUCCAAGCCGUCCUACAGCGUAAUGCUGCUUUCGUAGGGGAAGGUGGGGCAAAACGGCACCCUUAAGGUUUCACUCCAAAUUUUGGAGCAAUUUUGUACUAUAUUCAGAGAUAAUUGGUGUUUUUGCAAUCUAUAUUCAUCAUUAAACAAAAUAAACUAUCUUUGGAAGAACCACUUUGGAUCCUUUACUCAUGAGAAUAAAAAACAAAGCCACAGGUGGGCCAUUUUGUACAAAGGGUGGGGCAAAACGGACCUCACAUAUGGGGCAAAAUGGCCCUCAUAUGAAUGUGCUUGGUAACAUGCCAAAACAUACGUUUUGAUAGAGAAUCACACUAGAAAGAUUACUUAACAUAAAACUAAAAUAAUCUAGUUCGUAUUUCAAUAGAAAAUAAUUGCUCUUAGGCUCAGAAGCAUGAGCAACAAUGAAUUCCUAUAAACUACUCACAAAUGAAGUGAUAUUACCUUCCUGAACGUAAAAGUUCUUCCAUUACAAAAUAAAUGAUCUGUGGCUCAACAGCAUGAACACCAACGAACUCUCAUGAAACUACUCACAAGUGAAAGUGAAAUUACCUUUCUGAACAUAAAAGUUCUUUAUCCAUUACAAAAAAUAUUGUUCUUUUGCUCAAUAGCAUAAACAGCAUGAACUCACAAAUGAAAAGUGACAUUACCUUCCUAAACAUAAAAUUAAUAUAUAUAUAUAUAUAUAUAUAUAUAUAUAUAUAUAUAUAUAUAUAUAUAUAUAUAUAUAUAUAUAUAUAUAUAUAUAUAUAUAUAUAUAUAUAUAUAUAUAAAAGAAACAGAGAACACUUUGUCUUUAUCUUUGUUCAGUGAAGUUGUGAGUUAGUUAGCAGCAAAAAUUGAUUAUUGUUAAGUGGGCCGUUUUGCCCCAAGGGCAAUGAAAAUGUUAACAACAGUCUCAGCGGAACAAUGGUGGUGCAGAAAAAUGUUUCAGUAGUCAGACUCAUUCACAGAGUAACACCAAAGAAUCAUGCAAUAACACAUUAAAUUAUGAGUCACAGUAUUCCUACAAACACGAUUUUAUCAGACCCUUACCAAUAGAUCAGCUGGUGAUAAAAUAUUCUGGGAUUUUUCACACACAAACAAACGACGGCGUCCAAAUUUGCCCCGAUGUUACAGCUGACUAAUGAGCUGAGGAGUAACUCCAUAUCAUUAUCAAUAGCUAACGGAAGUUAAAAACACAGAAAACGGGGUGGUCCAUAACUACCCACCUGUGCCAUUUUGCCCCACCUUCCCCUACUGGGCAACUAUACGCUGGAUGAUCGUCGCACGCAUAAGAUACUGAAGACAUCGAAAUAUUUGAGAAAGAAACUUUCAGUUGGUCGAUUUUUGUGUUACCCAGCUUGCAGAAGUGCAAAUUUCGAGCAGAUGAGUGUCAUGCACUCUGCUCGGUAGAAUGCUGUUCCAGAACCACUAUAUAGCUGCCCAUUAGUAAUGAAUGCAAUCUCUGCAUUGGAUUCUUGUUACGCCAGCUAUUUUACUGCUGACCAUUUUAACAUUUUAAAGUAUUCACAACAAAGUAAUUUGCACAGUGCAUCAUGGAUAUGAUUGCACGAUUGAGCAUAUAGCAACACUCUCCAUAUUUGAAUGUUAUGCACACAACAAAAAAUCAAAAUCCAACAGUGGCGAUUAUCCAGAGUUGUAGCGCUAGAUGAUGUGUUGAUUCAAAUACAUGAAGUGAACAAUAAAUUUGCAACUCGUUUUGAAAGACCCUAUCAAGUUAUUUGUGAAAGCGGAAAAAAAUUAUACAUGCUCUACAUACUUAACAACUUAUGCUGUCAAAAUUGUCCACCUGACCACGCGAAGCGAGUCUCUCGGAUUGACGGGAGGAGCUUCGCGCUCUUCGGCCAAUCCAGUCUACAGUACGAGGAGCUGCCUCGUACAGGCCUACCGGCCUCUUGCAGACUCCUGCGUUCUUAUGUUCUUAUGUUCUCCUUCAUAGGAACAUCGCAAGAAGUUAAGCUCAAACUCAACAGGGGCAACGGGAUUAGGUCACAUAUAAAACACCCACAAAAAAUACAAUUUAAAGAUUAUGUAGCAUAGUGGUUAGUGAGCUCGGCUCAUAACCAAGAGGUUCUUGGUUCGAUUCCCGGACAGAGUGGAGACGGACGAGCAUUCUCCAUAAGAACCCUCCCCCCUGCCUCCCCAGCAGUGAAUGGCUACUGGGCGUGAGUUGUGGCCCUCGGGGGUUGGGUUCUGCCUUUCGUGUGUGUGUAUGUUUGUGCAUGUGUGUGUGUGUGUGUGUGUGUGUGUGUGGCGGGGGGGAGAGAGAGAGGGAGAGGGGGGAUAUGGGAGUGGGAAACAUCAUUUUGACGGGGAAUCAAUCAAAACCCUCGUAGGACUGACAUAAGUGGGACAAAAUCACCGAAGAUAAAACCUCAUCUGUUAAAGAGUAAGAUAGGAAAAAUAAUGUUAUAUUUUAUUUUCUGUUUUCAGACUUUAAUGCCAUUUGAUACCAUAGCAUAUAAGGAAAAUAAUGAUUAAAGGUAUGUAAUACUGAAGUAAUCAUUAAAACAUUAUAAUCUUU